AUGUCAACACCAGCGCCCUUUCAAUUUCUCCCACUAGGAGCCAUCAUUCAAGCUUUCAUAGUCGGAAAAACGAACAUUGUACAAAGCUUCCCUAAGCAAGCAGAUUACGUCGCCCACAACGGACCUUUCUUUGGCGAGACGAUUGGACGUGUAGCGAAUCGAGUCAAGAAUGCGAAAAUCGAUUCCCUGAAUAACAAAUCCUACACCUUAGCUGCGAAUAACGGGGUCAAUCAUUUACACGGUGGUGUGAAAGGAUGGGGAAAGAGAAUCUGGGAUGGACCAAAGCCUGUUGGAGUAAAGAGCAUUGAAGGAUUGAGCGGAGAGCUUGAGGGUGGCGAGAGCGUGGAGUUUACACUUAAGAGUGAAGAUGGAGAUGAAGGAUACCCGGGAACUGUUGAAGCUAGUGUUGUAUACACUGCUGGAACGCAAAAGACGGAAUCUGGAAAGACUGUCAAUGUGCUAGGAAUUGAGUAUGUGGUUGAGUUAGUUGGUGAGGCUGAGGAGACGGCUGUUAAUGUGACAAACCACUCAUACUUUAACCUUUCAGGACAACCUACCAUUGAGGGCACCGUGGUAACUCUCUGCUCAAAUCAAUAUUUGCCAGUUGAUGAUGGUGGAAUCCCAACUGGUGACCCAACCGCUUACAAAGGCGUGGAAUCCAAGAAGGAAUUCACAUUAGGACCUGAGGAGCCGGAUAUUGAUGACUGCUUCGUUGUUGAUCCAUCAACCGCUUCGAAGAUUCCACUAGAUACCCGCAAAUCGCCAUUGACGAAACUCGUCACUGCAUACCACCCAGAGACCAAGAUCCAUCUCGAAGUGCUCAGCACCGAACCGGCAUUCCAGUUCUACACUGGCAAGUACAUCGAUGUUGUGGAAGUCGAGGGACAGGCAGCGAGAGGGAAGCGAUCGGGUUUCUGCGUUGAGCCUAGUCGAUACGUGAACGCUGUCAACGAAGAUAAAUGGAGGGCACAGGUGUUGUUGAAAAAGGGCCAGACAUAUGCGAGUCGCGUCGUGUACCGUGGAUGGAGCGAUGAGUAG